GCCUGAGCGGGCGGAGGGGAGCUGUGGCGAGAGCGCAGAGAGGUGCGCAGAGCGCGGCGCGCCCACACCACCCAGAGGCACCCACCGACGGGCGCAGGGCACCAGCAGGGCCGGGAGGCGCGCUCCCUCCGGGCACAGUGAACUGAACCGGGCAGCGACUCCGGGCGGUUGCACCGACUGACGGCUCGCCCUGCGUCCCGGCUCUCGCGCCGCGCCCUCCGGCCAGCAUGAGGCUCCUGACGGCCGCGCUGCUCCUGCUGCUCCUGGCGCUGUGCGCCGCGCGCGUGGACGGGUCCAAGUGCAAGUGCUCCCGGAAGGGACCCAAGAUCCGCUACAGCGAUGUGAAGAAGCUGGAAAUGAAGCCAAAGUACCCGCACUGCGAGGAGAAGAUGGUUAUCAUCACCACCAAGAGCAUGUCCAGGUACCGGGGUCAGGAACACUGCCUGCACCCCAAGCUGCAGAGCACCAAGCGCUUCAUCAAGUGGUACAACGCGUGGAACGAGAAGCGCAGGGUCUACGAAGAAUAGGCUGAGCAAGCAGCAACAUCCCUGACACGCAAACUCCAGCGUGAUUGGGAGACUUGAACAAAGGACUUUGCGGAGCAAAAACCAGAACACACACCCCCGCACACCUUUCUUUUCUCGCAAGCAUAAGACGCAAAUUAUUCUAUAUUAUGAAGCACUUUUUACCAAGGGUUGGUUUUUACUCUUUUUUUAUAGCUGUGUUCAAAAGGCGUCCAGAUGUGGGACUUGUCUCUUGUGCUCCAGACUCCAUCACAGGCUGCCUUUUACUGCGAAGGGGG